UUAGUGGCUAAUUUUUUUCCCGCGCGUACGCACAUCCGCAUGUGCAUAUCACAUUCACUCUCUCCGCUCGUUAAUUCAGAACAGAAUUCGGAUUUCGCGAGCAAAGCACGCCGAAGUUCGCAGGAAUGCGGAGCAGGAAUUUGCAUAUCCGAUGAGCGCGAAGCGAUAUAUAGCGCCGAACGCGGCGAAGGUCACCUUGAGGAAAGUGAGGAAAAGCACACCCCCGCUGCGAAAUUUCCGUACGGCGAUGCCGGCGAAUUUCGCGCGCAUUUUCACGUUAUUUAUCCCCGACGAAAGAGGUGGCUUUUCUGGCGCGCCGCCACGCGAACUAUUACGGUCGCGCGGCAUCGGCACGGCGGCUCGAUAAUAAUAAUAUGAUAUAAUCGUGGGAUUGUCACGUGGGAAUACGCGCGGGAUUGGCCCCGACACGAGGAAGUCGUCAGCGCAGCGUUCACCAGCCCCAGUCACGUAAGGGAUGCGGCACGAGCCGGUCGGUUUUCUCGUCGCGCGUCCACUCUCGAGUGAUUAUCCGCAUCCGUCGAUUUGCGAAUCGUUCACGACACCCGCUACCGUGGGACAUGAUCCGCAAACGAGUAACGUCAGUCAGCCGCAGCUUCAACAGCAGCAGCUACAAUCCGGGGGUUGGCUGGGGGGUGGUGUCGGUGACACCAACAGCGGACUGGUCUGCCGAUCAGGGAAAUCGCUCAACGGCAGCAGCAAGCCGUCGUUAUGCCAUCAUCCUCAACAGCAUCAACAACAGCAGCAGCAGCAACAACAACAAGGCCAAUCUGGGGGUGUGGGGGAUGACGAAGACGGGGGUGGAGGGAGCGGAGGGUUGGAGGGGACGGACGCAGAGGCGAACGACGCUGUUCACCUCAAGAGACGGGUGGGACUCGUCAGUGGGGUGGCUCUAAUCGUCGGCACGAUGAUCGGCUCCGGGAUCUUCGUGUCGCCGUCGGGUCUGCUGCUGCGCACCGGUAGCGUCGGCGUAAGUUUCGUCGUCUGGACCGCGUGCGGUCUGCUGAGCCUGUGCGGCGCCCUCGCCUACGCCGAGCUGGGUACCAUGAACACGAGCAGCGGCGCCGAAUACGCGUACUUCAUGGACGCGUUCGGCGCGCCGCCUGCCUUCCUCUUCUCCUGGGUGUCCACCCUGGUGCUCAAGCCGUCGCAGAUGGCGAUUAUCUGCCUGUCCUUCGCUCAGUACACUGUCGAGGCGUUCACCGUCGAUUGCGAGCCCCCGGACGAGGUGGUCAAGGUCGUCGCCCUGCUGGCGAUCGUCCUGAUACUUCUGAUCAACUGUUACAGCGUGAAUCUGGCGACCGGGGUACAGAACGCCUUCACCGCCGCCAAACUGAUGGCGAUACUCGUGGUGAUCGUCGGCGGUUCGUAUAAAUUGAUACAAGGUAACACGCAGCAUCUGCAAACGGCGUUCAACACCAUCGACGGCAGCACCCUUAACAUCGGCCGCCUCGCCACUGCGUUCUACACCGGCCUCUGGGCCUACGACGGCUGGAACAAUCUCAAUUACGUGACCGAAGAGAUCAAGAAUCCUUCUAAGAACCUGCCCAGAUCCAUCAUGAUCGGUAUACCGCUCGUUACGCUUUGCUACGCGCUGAUCAACAUUUCUUACCUGGCGGUCAUGUCGCCAUCGGAAAUGAUCGAGAGCGAGGCUGUGGCCGUGACGUUUGGCAAUCGGAUACUGGGCGUGAUGGCAUGGCUGAUGCCACUUUCCGUAGCGAUUAGCACAUUUGGGUCCGCCAACGGCACCCUAUUCGCCGCAGGCAGGCUCUGCUUUGCUGCAUCACGAGAGGGUCAUCUGCUCGAUUGCUUAAGCUACGUGCAUGUGCGACGCUUCACUCCUGCCCCAGGCCUCAUCUUCCAUUCCCUUGUAGCAGGCGCGAUGGUUCUCUCCGGCAACAUCGACUCGUUGAUCGAUUUCUUUUCGUUCACCGCAUGGAUAUUCUACGGCGGCUCGAUGGUAGCUCUGCUCGUGAUGCGGAGGACCAGACCGAACCAUCCCCGACCGUACAAAUGUCCGUUAGUGAUACCUGUGCUUGUGCUCAUCAUCUCUGCAUAUCUCAUAGUUGCGCCGAUUAUCGACAAACCGCAGAUUGAGUACCUGUACGCGGCCGGCUUCAUCAGCGCAGGCAUGCUCGUCUACCUCCCGUUCGUAAAGUUUGGAUAUGUGCCCAAAUUCAUGGAAGGUGUCAACGCUUUUCUGCAAAUGUUACUAGAAGUGGCUCCGACGGCGGUUGCCUUCGACUGAUUUCGAGAGGUACAAUUCUCCAGAUCAAUAUACAGUUCUUUACGAUGCCGAAUCAUUCCAUUAUGGCAUUGCGCGAACUGUGUAUAUAUACCUGAAUAACCCUAUUUUAAAUACAUACAGACGAGAGCGUUAUAUAUCCUAUAUUACAAAGCUCAAGGCUGGCCCAAAAAAAAAAAGAAAAUAAAAAAAUAUAUAUAUUAUAUAAAAAUAUAUAUUAUUUUACUACUUGUUAUUCUUCGUACAUAGUAUACAACAUGCAGAAAAGAUGUUAUUGUUAGACAAUAGAUAGUUGAUGUUGUAACAAAACAGCAAUGAAUCAACAGAAAAUAUUUUAAAUGUUUACAGUUACAAAAA